AUGGAGUUUGUGGCACUGGGGGGGGGGUCGCCGGAAGGAGCUUCCCCCCCAUUCCCUGAGGAGGCCUUCCUGGGGCUGGGGGGGGCUGAAGGGCUGGACACAGGGGGGCUGCUGGGCCCCUACCCCCCCCCAGUACUGGUCCACACUGGUCCCUACUGGUCCAUACUGGUCCGUACUGGGCUGCACUGGUCCGUACUGGUCCGUACUGGUCCGUACUGGUCCAUACUGGUCUGUACCGGUCCGUACUGGUCCAUACUGACCGGUCUGCAUCGCACCGUGCCGGUCCCCACGGGGCUAAGCCGGUCUGUGCCGGUCCGAACCGCUCCGGCAGAGGCCCGGGAGUGCGUGAACUGCGGGGCGACGGCCACGCCGCUGUGGCGCCGCGACGGCACCGGCCACUACCUGUGCAACGCCUGCGGCCUCUACCACCGCCUCAACGGCCACAACAGACCUCUCAUCCGCCCCAAGAAGCGCCUGCUGGUGUCGCGCCGGGCAGGCACCGUCUGCACCAACUGCCAGACCACCACCACCACGCUGUGGCGCCGCAGCCCCCGGGGGGAUCCGGUCUGCAACGCCUGUGGCCUCUACUACAAACUGCACAGGGUGAAUCGCCCUCUGACCAUGCGCAAGGACGGGAUCCAGACCCGCAACAGGAAGGUCACCGCCAAGGGCAAGAAGCGGCGCCAGAACGGGGGGGGGGCCUCGAGCUGCGCGCCCCCAGACCCUUUAGUGGGGGUCUCGGCCGCCUUGCCCACCCCCUCCCCGCAAGCAGCGGCGCUGAGCGCUCCCCAGCAGCCACAGCCCCCCCCGGAGGACCCCGCAGCUCUCUACGCCCUGGGCCCCCUGGUCCUCUCCGGCCACCUCCUGCCCUUCCCUGCUGCUCCCUUCUAUGGAGGGGGGGGAGGGAGUUAUGUGGGACCCCCCCCUCCGAGUGCCGCAGGGGCGACCCCCGCCCUCAGCCCCCAAAUGUAA